CCACUGCAGCCAUGGUGCCUGUCUUACUCUCCCUGAGCCUCUUCCACCUAGGCCUGUGGGCUUCUGGCCUUAUCUUGGUCUUAGGCUUCUUCAAGCUUGCCUGCCUACUGCUGAGGAGGCAGAAGCUGGCCAGGGCUAUGGACUGCUUCCCCGGCCCCACUACCCACUGGCUUUUCGGACAUGCCCUUGAGAUCCAGCAGACGGGUAGUCUGGACAAGGCCGUGUCCUGGGCCCACCAGUUCCCCUAUGCCCAUCCACUCUGGCUUGGACCGUUCCUUGGCUUUCUGAACAUCUAUGAGCCUGACUACGUCAAAGCUGUGUACAGUCGUGGUGACCCUAAGGCUUCGGAUGUGUAUGACUUCUUUCUCCAGUGGAUUGGAAAAGGCCUGCUGCUCCUUGAGGGUCCCAAAUGGUUCCAGCACCGCAAGCUGCUCAUACCUGCCUUUCAUCAUGAUGUACUGAAGCCCUACGUGGCUGUGUUUGUCGACUCCACACGCAUUAUGCUGGACAAGUGGGAGAAAAAGUCUCGUGAGGAUAAGUGCUUUGACAUCUUCUGUGAUGUGGGCCACAUGGCGCUGGACACACUCAUGAAGUGCACCUUUGGCAGAGGAGAUAGCGGCCUGAGCCACAGGGACAACAGCUACUACCUGGCAGUCAGCGACCUCACCCUUCUCAUGCAGCAACGCAUUGACUCCUUCCAGUACCACAAUGACUUCAUCUACUGGCUCACCCCCCAUGGCCGCCGCUUCCUGCGGGCCUGCCAGGUGGCUCAUGACCACACAGACCAGGUCAUCAGGGAGCGGAAGGCAGCCCUCCAGGACGAGAAAGAGCAGGAAAAGAUCCAGAAAAGGAGACACCUGGACUUCCUAGACAUUCUCCUCGGGGCCUGGGAUGAAAAUGGGAGCAAGCUGUCAGACGAAGACCUCCGGGCUGAGGUGGACACGUUCAUGUUUGCAGGACACGACACCACCACCAGCGGCAUCUGCUGGUUUCUCUACUGCAUGGCCCGGUACCCCGAGCACCAGGAUCGUUGUAGGGAGGAGAUUCGUGAGAUCUUAGGGGACCGGGAUACCGUACAGUGGGAUGAUCUGGGCAAGAUGACCUACCUGACCAUGUGCAUCAAGGAGAGCUUCCGCUUGUAUCCACCGGUGCCCCAGGUGUACCGCCAGCUCAGCAAGCCUGUCAACUUUGUGGAUGGCCGCUCUCUGCCUGCAGGCAGCUUGAUCUCUCUGCACAUCUAUGCCCUCCACAGGAAUGGCAACGUGUGGUCCGACCCAGAGGUCUUUGACCCCCUGCGUUUUACCUCUGAGAAUACAGCUGGACGUCACCCCUUCGCCUUCAUACCCUUCUCUGCAGGGCCCAGGAAUUGCAUCGGACAGCAGUUUGCCAUGAACGAGGUGAAGGUGGUCACGGCCCUUUGCUUGUUGCGUUUUGAGUUAUCCCUGGACCCCUUGCAGCCACCCAUCAAGAUGCCGCAGUUGAUCCUUCGUUCCAAGAACGGCUUCCACCUCCAUCUGAAGCCACUGGGCCCAGGGUCUGGGAUGCAGCUUCACCGAGAGUAGGAUCUCCAGUCAGCUGAGGCUGGGGCCUGUUCCCAGACACUGCCCUCCCCAUGCUGAACUAGGAUUCACUGUGGCUCCCUUCGCUGGGGAGGCUUGUAGGUUAGAAGGGGAGUGGGACCUACACAGACAUGCACAUUGAGGACAUGCCAUGUAACUAUGUGAGCCUACAAAUGUUUAUGCACAUAUGUAGAGCUCAUUCACUGAUUCAACAAGCACUUAGUAAGCACCUACUUUCUUUUAAAAUUUCAUUUAUCCCUUGUGGUUUGCAAUAUUUUCAUAAUGUACCUCACUAAAUGAAUAAUUUCUUUUAUAAGGAUCAGCACAAAGCUAGUUCCUCUGAGGUGGAGGUUAAAGAUGUCCCAAAUGUCCAGCUUUUCCAAACUGCUAAACCACUCCAUCAUCUCUAACAUCAACUAUUGCCCCUCCCCUCAGUACUUUCCCUCUGGUCUUUGGGUUUGGUAAUUCACUGCAACAUCUCACAGAACUCAUGAACCAUACUUACAGUUAAGUGGUUUAUCGGGGGAAGUAACAGGGUACAACUUGGGAUCAGGAAGAACUCAGAAGUAACAGGAACAACUCAGGAUACAGUUCUUGAUCAGGACAGCUUCUUCUCACCCUCUGCUACUGGGCUGUGCUAUGGGCCUUCUUGGGCAAGCUCUGUGGGUCAGCAAGCCCCACCGCAGCUGUCUUGAGCUGCUAUUGCUCUUGCUACUCCUGGGCCUCUGUCUCUUGCUCUCUUCUAUGUUACAUCUCCUCUCUCUCUCUCUGAAUCUCCCCUUAAGCUUGGUGGGAUGGUAAAACUGAACAAUUCCCUUGUUAGGGUUCCAUACACCUUAUUUACAUGGUCCCACUGCCCUCCCACAAGGAUACCAUGCACCUUAUUUGCAUUAGCAGCAAGCUGUCCAAUCCCCUUGUUGGGCCACAAACACGUUAUUUGCAUAGUCCCAGCCAAUAAUUAUGUGGGAGUCACAAAGACUAUGGCUAGAAGGAAUGUAGCAAGUAAUUCACUGCACCAUACUCACUCUCACAUCCAAUCUUAUUAAAUGCAAGCGGACUCAACAGAAGCUUUGCCUCGGGACUCGUGGUGAUGACAGAACAGAGGACAGUCAUAUGUGGACUGUGGUAGGCUGGGUGAUAGCCCCUCAAGGUAACUACACACUCAAGAUAUCAAGUCCCUGGAAAUUGUGAAUAUAUUAUAUGGCAAAAA